AUGGCUGCGAGAAGCUUCCCGGAGGCGGGGCGCAACGCACUCCGGGCAGGGCUGCCAUGGUCUCGCCUGGCCAUCUUCCGGCCAGACCCGUGGCCGUUCGCGGACGGGAGCUUCGACUGCGUGGUGCUCGCGUUCCUGCUGCACCACGUCUCCGGCGGGGACGCCGGCUGCGGGGCGGUGCUCCGCGAGGCGGCGCGGGUGGCCCACGGCAGGGUGCUCGUGCUCGAGGACCAGCCGGGGGCCGCGGGCUCCGAGGCGGCGCGGCGCCUGGCGUGGCGGGUGACCGAGGAGCACUUCCGCCCCUUCGGCCAGGACCCGGCCGAGUGGCUCGCCGCCGUGCGGCCCGACGAGGCCUGGCGGCGGCUCUUCGCGGAGGCGGGCCUGGAGGUGCGGCGGGCCCGGCCCGUGCCCGGGACCCUGCGGCACCCGGUGCCCCACGUCGCCUAUGAGCUGGCCAGACAGGGCUGA